UCUCCUCUGGAUCUCUGGCUGAGUCUGAGCUGCUCGGACUUCUUUCUCUACCGCACACUCAAGCCACACACUCCUACCUUCCUCCAGCCUCCUGUGACUGUAGCUCUGGUCUGUCACCUGCACUCCUGUCACAGCAUGCAGCUCCUGGUGGUGUUAGCAGCUCUCAUGGGGGUUCUGUUCAGCGUUAGAGCAGCUGCCGUGCUUCCUGUGGAGGAUAGGAGCCCCAUCCAUAUGAACAGGGAGCUGAGCAAAGAGCGCAAGGAGCUGAUCCUGAAGCUGGUGUCCGGCUUGUUGGACGGAGCCCUGGACACCAACAUGUUGCCGGGGGAUUCGGCCCCCGUGGAUCUGGAGGAGCCGCUGGAGUCUCGUCUGGAGGAGAGGGCUGUCUAUAACAGGCUAUCGUUGCCUCAGCGCGACCGUAAAGCCCCCUGUAAAAACUUCUUCUGGAAAACUUUCACCUCCUGCUAACAGUGCCAAAAAAAAAAAAAACCCCAACAACAACCCACCCGGCUCUGCCUGCCUCCUCUACUCUUUUUCCCUCCCAGCUCUACAUGAACUGUAGUAGACCUCAGCUGUACAUAUCAUCUCCACCUGUCAGACAUGCAGCAUCGAUGGACUUCA